GGGGCGAAGAGGGGGAGAAACUCGGAUGUACACAAACGGAUUUCAUUGAGGACGCCCUGCGACCUGGGGCUGUGGAACCUCGAGGUGUGAAUAGACUGGGAAUAAGUCUGAAUUAAAAGAAAUGUUUUAGUGCAGUCGACAGUCAACUGUAUUGUGUUUCCAGUGCCGGGAGAAUUUUUGUUUCCUGAUUGAACACUUUCCUAAACGACCUCUACGCACGCAUUAGGAAUAAAGAAGUUGUCUGUUAGAAAUAAUGUGGAUUUUCUUUUCUUUUUUUUUUUUUCCUGUGUUCAAACUUCUAACGUAGAGACAUAAGGAGGAUUUACUCGAUUCUAUUUUGCAUUGGAAUAAAUAUUCUUGAUUUAGAUCUAAUUUCUUUGUGGCGUUCUCACUGCAUAAUGCAUUGCUCUAUGUCAUAAUGAUGAACACUUAAGAUACUCUAAGACAAGUUAUCAAUACUUAAACAAAUCUUUCACGGCAGAGACGAAAGAAGAAUCCUAUAUAGGAUAUCUAAGCAUUCAUCUUUCACAAUGUGAUCCUCGUUGUGGGGCUUGGAUAGCUCAUCCAGCACUCAGGAUUGGACCGAUAGAGUAACUGUCUUAAAUCACUCAGUAGCCCACCAUGAAAUCAUUGUCUGGAAAUCUGCGUAUAAAUGUUUUGGGAGCUAAAGGAGUUGGCAAGUCUGCCAUAACAGUUCGUUAUUUGACGAAAAGAUUUAUUGGAGAAUACAGUUCCGGUCUGGAUAUCAGUUAUCAAUCUACAUUUUAUCAUGGAGAUACACCCGUGAAACUUGACAUUUUGGAUGUCUCUAGUCAGGAAGAAUGUCAGGCAGCCUGUCAUGACCUUUUUGACGCUGAUGCCUUUGUGAUCGUGUACAGUGUAACAGACAUGUCCAGCUUUCAGGUAGCCAGGGGCAUCAUGGAGACACUGAGGACUAGGGUCACGUCACGCCCCUCCAUCUUACUGCUGGGUAACAAGUUUGAUCUGGAUCACGUAAGACGAGUUUCUAAUGAUGAGAUUCGAUUACUAAAAGAAAUUUAUGACUGCUUCCAUGAAGAGGUUUCCGCUGCAGAGAGUGAUCAAAUCAUUCUAGACAGUUUUCAUAGAUUGAUAAUAGAUGCACUGAAUAAUUUUUGCCACAAUGGCCGUUCCACCAAGAGAAGAAAGAGCCUAUUUGAGAACAUGUCUCGAAAGAUUGGCAGCGUAUUCAGGAGAAAGAGCUUCGAGGGAGGCUCGGAAACUAAAAGGAAGCUCAUCAGAAUUUCACAUAAUGGCGUUGACAGACGAUCUGUGUGAUGAAAUCAGACUUUCUUUAUGAAUUAUAAAGUGAAUCUAUUCUUACUGCUUCUUGAGUGACUUUAGCCAUUUUGUAUAUAGCAGACAGAAAGUGAUGUGAUGUGAGAGGCUUUUUGUGUGAUAAGGACAAUAUGUAUAAUUGUUUACUGUUUGAAAUAAGUGCUGACAUUUGUCAGGUGCUUUCUUUGUGAUAAGAAUCUUUCAACUGAGUUAUAGAUCUAAUUUGAUAAGGUCAUCAAAAAAAGGCAUUUUAAAAAAAGUGU